AUGAUGCUGCCACCGUUUGCACUGCCUACAUAUGAUGUGGCCUACUGCAGCGUGUUUGCGUCGUUCCCGUUGGUUGGCGCCAAGAGACACCAUAAAGAUCACCGACGUCGUGGACCUCCGGGACUGCGCAAAUUCGAGCGACAGUCCUGCCGUUAUACGGCCGUCUUCUCAUGGCAGUCUUGUAACACGUGUUGCAAGAUCGCUAGCCGCCGCUGUGCCGAUGAAAGUUGCAAUGAGCCAGGCAUCACCGGUGGCGCUGUGCGUUUCGAUCAGAUUUUUCUUUUUCUUUCGAUGGACUUCAAGCGUUCUUCCCGAUCCGUCCCGAGGAAAAAAGUGAAAAGGCCGUACAAUGUGUUUGCUGCGCACCAAAAAUGUAUUGAAACAUCAGACAUCAGGAGAAAAAUCAACUCGUCGGUUUUAAUGUAA